AUGGACCGCGUCUUUGAAGGUCUCAUAGGGAACAAUGUCAACGUGUACAUUGACGAUAUUGUCGUGUACGCUGAUGAUUUGGAUACGUUGUUUGAGCGUCUGGACGAGGUGCUCGGGAGGUGCUGCGAGGAAGGUUUGUUUCUUAAGCUGAAGAAGGGUGAAUACGUGAAGCGGGAAGCGAAGCUGUUAGGGUUCAUUGUAAGCGAAGAAGGCAUCAAGCCGGACCCGAAGAAGGUGGCGGACCUGAUGAGAGUGGAAGGUAAC